AUGAGAGCACCUGAUUGUGAUGAGUCCGCACCUUCGUCCUCAACAUCUGGUUUUGAAAGCGAUCCUGAUGGCUUUGACCCGAAGACUCCAACCUUCAGGGGAUCUAAGGCGUUCCUGAGAAGAGAAGUUGGGCUACUCGGCACUAUUUCACUUCUCGUUGGUGCUGCCGCAGGAUCUGGGAUAUUCGUAACGCCCGGUAUCGUCUACAGAAACGCUGGUUCAGUUGGCGUGGCGCUUGUGGUAUGGGGCAUAUCGGGAUGCUUCGCCAUGGUUGGAGGGCUCUGCUACGCUGAACUGGGCGCGAUGCUUCCGGUGUCUGGCGGCGCCUAUUCCUGCGUUGCGGAGGCAAGCAAAUCGCUGGGAAAGCCUGGAGAGUUCAUCCGCUUUAUGUACGCCUGGAGCUACGUGAUGCUCGCUGACCCGAUGACCGCCACGCUCCACGCACUGACUAUAUCCAGCUAUGUGGUUGGCAUUCUGUACCCAACGUGCAGCGCUCCGUACGUCCUGCGGCUGAUUGUGACGCUCAUUUUCACGUGUAUGGCAACUGCUAUCAACUCUUUUUCGGUGAAGGUGUCCUCGAGGGUUCAAGGAGUGCUGUCCACCGUCAAAUGUCUAAUCUUAGUCACAAUCAUAGUCACCGGAGCUAUCGUCGCUUCCAGUGCGAGUCACCUCAAUGAUGCUCCGAUGUUCACCCCUGACACGACGUAUGAAAAGAUGGUGGUGGCGUUUUACGCAUGCAACACAUCAUACGCCGGGUGGCAGUCUAUUGUCAAUAUUGGCGGCGAAAUGAAGGAUCCGCGGCGAAGCAUACCACUGGCACUGGUCGCCGGCCUCUCCAUCGUGACAGUUCUCAGCCUCCUGGUCAACGUGGCCUACUUCGCGGUCCUCGGACCCGUCACCGUCGCCGGCUCCGAAGCCAUCGCCGUGUCCUUCGCCUUCGCCACCUGGGGCAUGGCGGGAGCCGUCCUUGUUGCCCUUGCCGUGACCAUCAGCACGUUCGGAGCCCUGUGCGCCGGAUUCUUCAGCAACACAAGGGUCAUCCUCGCCGUAGCCAGACGCGGCCAUCUUCCCUCCAUCUUUGGUUCCAUCAACGUCAACUCGUCCGUUCCGCUGACAUCGUUGCUGCUGCGUAGCUUUCUGGCCCAAGUGUACGCCUCCACGGGUUCCGUUGAACGCCUCCUCCCCAACAUGGUGUUCCUGUACUCCAGUAUCAACGUCCUCCUGGUUUGCUCGUUCUUCGUGCUACGGUUUACCAUGAGAGACGCUCUGAGGCCUUAUAGGGUACCCACAGUGUUUCCGGUGUUGUGGCUGGUUUUCCUCGUGUUGAUGUCGGUCAGCCCCCUAGCGCGAUCGGUGCAGCACAUGCAGUACGGCGUGAUGAUUGCUGUGGUUCUCUCCGGAGCGGUUUAUUACGCGCUGUUCGUACAUUUUGAGUUGUCCUUGCCGGGAGCUCGGGUCGUCACGUGCUUUGUUCAGAAGUUGCUGGCGUGCGCACCUUGUUUCAGCGACCUCGACGUCCCGGCGAAUCAAAAGUCCGGAGGUCGCGCGAAUAAACGGUUAGCCUCGUCGUAG